AUCGUCAAGAUGGAGAUGCUGAAGUGAAAACUAGAGGAUAUAAUGUUUUAUGAUGCUUCAUUCACCUGUCACACUAAAAUAAGUGCUUUUUAGGUUGGGAUUGUAAAUUUAUUUUUACUGUGAUUGUAAUAUAAAAAUAAAUAUAGUGAUUGCAAAACUGGGAGACUUUUAGUAUGAGAAAAAGAACGAGAAGCUCCUGGAAAAAGAAACAGCAGGAAACAUCUAAUCAGGAUGAAACGGAAGGUGAUUCUCAGGUGGCAAAAGAUCAAACAAAUUCAGAAAAGAGUAAUGUAAACGAUAAAGUAGCAGGUGAUUCAGAAAAUAAUAAAAUAAAUGAUAAAGAACUGUCUGAAGGUGUACAAGAAAACAAAAAGGAGGAUAAGGAUGAGCAGAAUUCACAAGGUAAGUCAACAGGUAUAAACACUGAUCAAUCUUCGAAUAAUAUUGAUAAUAAACCUGAAAUUGAAAAUGAAAAUGUACAGGGGUCAGCCCCAUCACCUAAUGCUACUGACGAAAAUGUACAAAACAUAAAUGUCACUGUGACUAAUAGUGAGGAUAAUCAAGAUAAUACACAAGAAGCGAUACCUGCUUCGGAGUUGCAGGUAACUGAUGACAAUGAUAAUAGCCAACAAGAAAAUAGUCAAUCAGCACAAUGUCAGCAAGAAAAUGAUCAACAAAAGAUUAAGCAACAAGAGAAUGAUCAACAAAAGAUUGAGCAACAAGAGAAUGAUCAACAAAAGAUUGAGCAACAAGAGAAUGACCAACCACAAAAAAUUGAGCAACAAGAAAAUGAUCAACAAGAGAAUCAUGAAGAAGCUUUUGAAAGUGAAUAUGUCAAUAAUAAAAAUAGUUCAGAAACUAAUAUAAUAGAAAAUAAUAAGCAAAGCCAAGAACGUUCACAUACACCAGACUCCAAACCUCCCGAAGAAGGAGCUCAAGGAAAGAAACAUAUUACUUUAAAGAGAUCUCCUUCACAUCAACGUAGAUCAUCGUCACCUUUGGAGGAUGGAGAAAUAAAAGAACCGCAAGAGAAAUCUAAGAAAAUUACAUUGAAAAGACAUACUUCUGAUGAUGGUAAUUCAGAUUUUAUUAAUAAAAUUGUUAUCAACAGAAGAGCUUCGAGUGGGGAUGAUAAAGUGGACAAGAAAAGGCGACAAAGUUUAGAAGAACGUACACAUAUAGUAAUAGCACGUCCUACAAAACUAGCGAAACCAGUUAAAUUGAAAAGACAAAUUUCAAGUCCAGAAAACAACGAAUCUCUACUUCGGCCGCGUAUCAAUAAAACACCUUGGGGCAAAACCAAUUGGUUGGAAAAUAUAUCUGCCACCAGUUACAAAAUAGAUGUCGAUUCUAUUAAAAUAGUCUGCCCCGUAGUGGAAUUUCUCAACGAAUCGGAAGUAAAACUCGAUUGUAUUCCAAGAGAACGGACUAAAUCCGAAAACGAACCGGUUACUAAAAAAGUGGAAGAAGAAGAGAAAACUGAAGAUGAAUCCGAAAGGGAACACACUGAAGAGGAGGAAUCACCUGAAGAACAAAAAAUUGAAGCAAAACCGAAUAUUAUUGCUUUGAAUAGAAAAAUUAGUAUAGUGGAAGAUACAGCAGCAAAAUUACAACCACCUCCGAGUCCUGCCAAAAAUCCGGUUUCUGAAAUAUUAUAUAUCACCAAUUUGGUAAGACCGUUUACUCUGAAACAAUUAAAGGAACUAUUGGAGAGAACCGGAAAAAUCAAGGAAGGUGGUUUUUGGACGGAUAGGAUCAAAUCUAAAUGUUAUGUUCAAUAUGAAACUAUCGAGCAAGCGGAAACGACAAGGAAUGCCUUACAUGGUAUCAACUGGCCUAUUGGAAAUGGGAAACAGUUAGUCAUUGAUUAUGCUACAGAAGAUGAUAUGGAAAAAGCGAAGAAUCCUGUUUCCCUACCCUCACCCGCUAUUCCUGAGAAAUUUCCACAAAAAGAGAACAGGGCACCAGAAGUUGUAGAAAACAGGAAUAGAGAUAGAGAACGUGAAGAAGAAAAGGAACCAGAGAAAGAAGAACGAAGAUGGGAGCCGUCCGAAAGGGAAUGGAAUAAAAGUAGAGAUCAUCAUAGAAAACAUUCGAGGAGUCCAAGUCGAGGUAGAGACAGAGAAAGGGCUAGAAAACAUAGCCGAAAAUCUUACACUCCUGAAGAUAUUGGUAGAAAGAAACACAAAAAGCAGGAUGAUUCAGUACCGCAAAAACUGAUGGAUGAUUUAUUCUUAAAAACUAAAACAACACCUAGUAUAUACUGGCAACCCCUUUCUCCACAAGAGAUAGCAACCAAACAGCAACAACGGUUGGUACGCAUGGAAGAACACAAGAGGCGCAUCGAAGAAAACAAAGGACGUUUUAAAGAAAGAGACAGACGCGGCACCUAUAGACGGCGUUGACACUUUUCUAAAUUUUUUAGAUAUUACAGGACUUAGCUUUUUUUUUGAGUGAAUGGGUAAACUUGAAGCAUGUAGUUUUAGUAUGAAUGAUGGAAAGAUUGAGCUCCGUUAGGUUUAGUAAAUCUAAAUUUUUACAAAUUCACCAUUUUUUCCUUUUCCGUGUGCGAGUUGCGUGAAUGGUUUCAGUAAUACCGAUUGUUAUAGGGCUCCAGAUUAUCUUCGUUUGACGGACGACUACGGAUCCACUUGGAAAGUUCUCCUAUGAAGCAGUCUUUCUUUUGUAAUGAUUUCAACGAAGUAGCAGCAAUUAAAAGAAUUCCUUUUUCGAGUGUUACUUUUUUGAUAUCUCAUCAUAUAUAGAGACUAAAUAAAAAUUGAAGAACUCUGUACUGUACAUUUAAAUAUAAAAAAGUAUAGUAAUUUAAAUAUGAUGAA